AUGGCUACCGGCAGUUUUGCAUCUGCGGCCAUGUUUCUUGCACCAGCGGCUGCUCUCUUCAUGUCCGGGUACUCCGCCGCUGCCACCCACUUGGUCCUGCCGCUUCUCUAUCGCGAUCAUCCUGCUCGCAUAACCACGCCCAUGUUCAGGCAUACCUUCUACGAAGGUGGCAAGGUCGCCAUUCCGUGUACACUGGGCUCCUCAGCAAUGGCAGCAUUAGCUGCCUACCUUUGCGUGGACACCAGCCAGCGGGCGUUGUACCUCGCCGCGAUGGCGACAACGUUGGGCACUACUCCCAUCACGUUACUCAUCAUGAUGCCUGGAAUCAAGAGAUUGAUUGCCAUCAGUGAGAGUCCGGCCGAACAGGAGAAGUGCGAUCAGACGUUGGAGCACCGCCAGCUGCUGAAGAGUUGGUCAUUCUGGAACGGCGUUCGAGUUGUGUUAUACUUAUGUGGUGGGUGCGUGGGUCUGUGGGCGGGUGUCUUCGGUGGAACGCCGACGUGA